UAAGCCCGCGGUCAUACUGUUCACUGUUCUGCUUUAACUUUUUUCCAUGUCUUUUUCUCUAUUUAUUUUUGUGCCAAGUGUUAGUUUUUCGUUCAAUAUAAUUGCAAUUUGUAGCUUGUGCUGAAUCAAAUCAAUCCAAUCUGUGUUGUGUUCACUAUAUUUCUGUGUACAAGCGUGUCCAAACGGCAUAGAUAUGCCCUGCCACCCUUGGAAUGUCUGGAAUCCUGUGUAAGGUACUCAUGAUUAUAAAAACAAUCAUUGUAUUUUGGAAAAGCCGCAGCGGUGCAGCUGCCCAAUUGUGACAGGUGCAGCAACGUCUGCGGCACGGCACGGCACGCGCACAUAUUCGCUCACGCACACACACACACAGCUAUACCCAUCCCUGUUUGAGAAAAUCUACAAAAAACAGCAACAACAAUGGCUGGUACGGCCGCGGCGACGCCAAUGGAAAUUGAUGAAUUCAUAAAUGGAGCACUCGUUUCUUGGCUGGAGUCAUGCCUGCCACGUGCCGAGCUUCUUGCCGGUUACACCUCGCUGCUAGAUGGCCAUAUCAUACACAGCGUUUGGCUCCAAAUCGACCCGGAGCCGCAAAACAAUCCCAGCGAGCUGACCGAACUGAGUGGAAAAACUUUGAGUGUGGCUAGGGCCAAGAACUUUGAGUGCAUUGUUCGGAAUCUGAAAUCCUUGUUCGAGGAAGAGCUGGGUCAGACCAUACUGGCCCUGCCCGACGCUGUCACGCUGGGCUACCAUCCGGAGAGUAGGAGCGGACUGGAGCAAAUGAAAACGCUGCUCACUCUGCUCCUGGGUGCGGCAGUGCAAUGCCCCAACAAGGAGCUGUUUAUAGCGCGCAUCAAGGAGCUAGAUCUGGAGACGCAGCAUGCCAUUGUGGCACUCAUCAAACAGGUGACGGACAGCCACAGUCUGGUCCUCACCGAAGACUCGCUGGAACGGCUGUCGCCGCAGAACAUGUACACGCACAUCCUUCGCCUGACCAAGGAGCGAGAUGUCAUGUAUUUGAAAUGGAUUGACCUGGUGUGCAUGGAGCCCGAGAUGACGGCCGGCGAAAACCUGGCGGAGUGCGGCCAAGGGGGUGUCAGUGUGUCGCGUUCGCCCUCGAACGGAACGGCCACCUCAACACCCUCAUCGUCAUCGAACUCUGAGAGCAAUCACCUGGCAGUGGAGUGUGCAGACCUCAGAUCGAAGAAUCGCAAGCUUCGCCAGGAGCUGGAGGAAAAGUCGGAGAACCUUCUGGAGCUGCGGGAGGAGCUGGACGAAAAGAAAGUGCGGUUUGACAGGCUGCGGCAGGAGAGUCAGGAUUGGUUUUCAGAGGCUAAACGGGCAUCUGCUUAUCGCGACGAGGUGGACAUCUUGCGCGAGCGAGCUGAGCGGGCCGAUCGGCUGGAGGUCGAAGUUCAAAAGUAUCGUGAGAAGCUCGGCGACUCUGAUUUCUACAAGUCUCGUGUGGAGGAGCUGCGCGAAGACAACCGUGUGCUGCUGGAAUCAAAGGAAAUGCUGGAGGAGCAGUUGCAACGAUACCGUAAGCGUUCGGAGCAUGCCAUCUCCCUGGAGUCUGAGAUCAUAAAAUACAAGCAAAAACUAAAUGACAUGGCCCUGGAACGGGAUGUGGAUCGCUCGAAGCUGGAGGAGCUGCUGGAGGAAAAUGCCCAGCUGCAGCUGGUGGCAAGGAAUCUGAACUCGACGCACGAGGGCGACAAAUCCUUUUCAGAGAACGAGGAUGAUUGCAACUCGGGGGACAACAGUCUGUCCGAGCAGCUCACUAACAAUGCUCAGACGCGUGCCCUAAAGCUGGAGCUGGAGAAUCGGCGGCUGACUGCCGCCUUGGAGCAGCUGAAGGAGAGCAGCUUUCACGAGUCUACCAACAAAAUGUUGGAGCUGGAAAAGGAGAAAAAGAAGCUUUCGCUGAAGAUCGAUCAGAUGCAGGAGAACAUUCAGAGGCUAAACCAGCAGAAUGUGGAGCUGGAGGGCGUGUUCAAGAAUGCCUUGGAGGAGAACAAGAAGCUGCAAGACGCCGUGGACAGUCGCCAGAAGAGCUACGAUCGCCAGAGCCUAGAGCGCGAAGUGGAUCGCCAGAGGCUGGCAGAUGCCGAACAGCACGCCGAGACCCUAAACAAGGAGAAGCAACGCAUACAAACGCUCAAUGAAAGCAUUCAGCGGCGAGCGGAUGACCUGGAGCGGCUGGCGGAAAGCAAGAGUAAGGAGCUGGAGCAGCAUUCCGAGAAGACAAAGCAGUACGAGCAGACCAAACAAAGACUCUACGACAUCGAGGCCAAAGUUUCUGCCUACGAGCGGGAGAAUGCCAGUCUGCUCAAAGAGGUAUCCAAACUUAAGGAGGGCAGCGAGGAGAAGUCCGUUCAGCUCGACCAAAGCAUCAAUCGACUGGACACGCAGACCAAAGAGAUUAUGAGGCUCAGCAAAGUGCUCGAGGAGACGGAGCAGGUACAGCAGAAGCUCAUUGAGUUGGAGAAACAAAACCAAGAGCUGGCAUCGCAACGAAACAUCGAUCAGGAGAUGAUUAACACGCUACGCGAGGACCUGGUCACUGGCACUCUGGUGACCAAGAAGGUGCGACACAAUCUGGAGAAACUCGGCCUCACCGACAGCGAACCCGCAGAACUGAAUGUGGAGCAUGUGGUUGAGAAACUGGUGCGCAAUCCAGAGACCUUUAAAACGGUGCGUGAGAUUAUGUUGAACGUAACACGCGAGCAGCAGGGGGAACGCGAUGAUGGGGAGGGUGAGGGUGGCCUAAAAUCGGACAUGUGUGUUCUAUGCCAUCGGCAAGAGAUCUUCACAGUGGAGAAGAACAUUGAGCUGGCCCCGUCCAGCUCUUCUCAGGAACUGCGCUUUGAGCACAAGCCUAGGCCGAGUCCUGUCCGGGAAUCCGCCGAGCUGGUCCGUGUGAAGGAUUGCAACACUCAGCUGCAGACCGAAAACGCCCGCCUGAGUGUGGAUGUGGCUGCUUUGGGCUCACAGAUCACUUCCCUGAAUACCCAGCACGUGGCCCUGCAGCUGGCAAACUCCCAGCUGGCCGCGGAGAAGGACACGCUGCUCAAAGACAUCGACUCCCUGCAGCAGGUGCACAAAAAUGCGCUGCAAGAUCAGGUGACACUUCAGUGUCUGCACGACCAGCUCUCCGCUGAAUACGAAUCUCUGAACAAGGACAAGGAGCAGCUGAAGGCAGCGGUUCGAGAUUUGCGCCAGGAGUUGCGCGACACCCGCGAACAGCAAGCGGCUUUGGAGCAGCGUAUUGAGGAGCUCACAGCUCAAAAUGGCAGCAUGAAGAACUGCAGCGAGGAUCUCUCUAUCUUGCGCACCGAGCACUCGAAGCUCACCGAUGACUUCCGCAAUCUGUUUGCCACCAGCGACCGCUUCAAGAACGAAUACAAGAACAUCCAGGAGCAGUACAAAAUGGUACGCAUGGAGCACAGCAGCCUCAAGCUUCAGAACACGGAGCUCACGGGAGAGCUCAACACGAAAAGUGAUCAAGUGCGUCUGCUGCAAAUGGAGUACAGCAAGGUUCAGCAGCGCUGUGAAAUGCUCAUACAAAACAACGGCGAUCUGGACUCUGAGCGCAAGGCACUAAUGGACAAUGUUUCGCAGCUGCUCUCCCAGUAUCAAGAGCUGUUGGCCAUUUCCCUGGAGGACAAGAAGCAUUUUCAUGAGGAAGAGAAGAACUACACCGAGCGGGUGCACAGUCUCAAGCGGCAAAAGGAGAAGCUUGAGGAGAAAAUCAUGGAGCACUAUAAAAAGUCCGAGACGACAGUGCAUAAGAAAAAACCCUUUGCCAUCAGUCUGGUACGCCGUGUGAAGAAGGCUAGCUCCGAUCUAAUGAACAAAGUGCCCAGUCGAAACCGUCGCUCCUGGGUAGAUGAUGCUCGUACCAAUUCGCAAUUUGUUAUUGGGUCCGAGUCGGGUGGCAACGAAUCGGACAACAGCAACGAAGAGCCCCUGUCCAUUGCCUCCGAUACGCAUUUGCUGCAGCGAAACAUACCACUUCGUCAGAGCCUGCAGCGGGAUUUGCUGGAUAACUCGAUCCAACGUGGCGGCGCCGUGCGUAGUAGCUUGCAGGCACAGAAACGUACGGAUUUGAAUAACUCACGUAGAAAUAGCGUGCACGGAAGCCUUGAAGCGCCAGACGUGACUGGCAGCAGCCUAACCCUAGGCACAGCCGGCUCCCGUCGCACUGUGUAUCUCAUUGACGAACACCAGAAGUUACCCGACGGCUCCAGCCCUGGAUCUAACGCCCAACAGCAGCAGUCGGCCAGCGCCAGUGGAGCCAGCAGUGCCGGAACACCAACGCCCAACGCAGAACCUCAGACCCCACAAAAGAAUAACGACAACAACUGCAACAGCAGUAGUUCAGGCCCAGCCACGUUCCUCAUGUACAAUCGCAUCAACACCACGAUUGGGGGAGCAUCCACGACUACAGACCAAAGUCCGCUGCUACCAGCUGCGGCCAGUGGCAGUGAAAGGGGAAGUGUCUCUGGCACUCCCACUCAAGAUGAUAAGUCUGGCCGAAAACGAAGCGAGGACAAGAGCAAUAGCAUCUGGUAUGAGUACGGCUGCGUCUAGAAAUACAAAUAUAUAAUCAGUAUACACACGUCCACAACUUGAACUUGAAUUUAAAUUGAAUGCAUUUGCUGACGAAGUAUUAUUUCGUUUUAGACAUUACGAAUUUAUUUUUACUAAUUUACUAAUAUUAGAACAUCGAUGUUGCCUUAAGCUUAAGUAAGUGGAACGAGUAUAAAGUGCUUCUUAAACUGCUAUGUUUUACCUUAAGAAAUGUUUUACAAUUAGCUUAUGUACUAUACCUAUACCUAUAGCUAUGCCUUUACCUAUAUAUCUAUAGUUUGUAUCUAUUUAUGUAACUGAUAAACUCUGAAACAAGCAAGACUACGCGGCAACUUUGCGAAUUAAUGACUACUACCCAGUUUACACCUUUAUACACAUAACAAACAAUUAGCUAUACCUUAUACGAUGCCCACUUUCGUUGAUAAGAACUAUUUACUAGCAAUAUGUACACAUAUGUAUCUAUUUAGCGUACUCGAAUCUAUGUAUUCCUAUAAAUUGUAUACUACUAUGCUCGUACCCUGCUAAACAGCUCAGCUAACAAAUGCGCCUUCAAUUUGUGAAUAUAUUUUUAUAUAAAUUACGUGUAGCCUUGUUCGUUCGUACGACUAUUUAUUGAUGCAGCAGAGCCUGAUGAUAGCGCAAUAAAAACAUGCAUAAAUAUAUA